AUGGAUCAGACCUACAAGCCCAAAGAAUCGGCGCCCGUCGUACGCAUCAUGGUCCUGGAGACCGACAUACCUCACCCAGAUACACACUCGGCCCGCGGCUCCUUUGGCCAGAUUUUACACGAACACUUUGCCAAAGCCGGACGCGCCCAUCAUCCACCUGUAGGCGUUGAGACAGAUCAAGUCUUCGUGGUAACUGAAAAGGGCGGCCGGAUACCAACUGUGGAUGAGUUUGACCGCUUCGACGGCCUCCUCAUCACGGGGAGUGUAUACGAUGCCCAUGCGAACAACGAAUGGAUCCUACAGCUGCUAGACCUCCUCAAAACCCUCUGGAUCAAACGCCGCGACUUCCGCUUCGUGGGCAUCUGUUUCGGCCAUCAGCUCCUUGCCCGCCUUCUCGGUGGCUCUGUUGCACCUGCGCCCUCACAGGAUUGGGAACUCGGUCACUGUCGUAUCAUGCUGACGCCCGUUGGCCAGCGUCUCUUCCGCGCGCGCGACGACUACAUCUAUCUCCACCAGAUGCAUCAAGAUCAAGUCGUCGCGCCACCUACUUCCGCGUCGGCGGGAACGGACUUGCUCGUCCCGAACACGGAAGUUGCUUGCUGGGGCCGUAGUGAUCAUACACCAGUUCAGGGCCUGUAUAUCCCGAACCGGCUAUUCACGACGCAGGCGCAUCUGGCCUUCGACGAGGAUAUGGUGAAGCGACAGAUUCAGAUUAGGGUGGAUAGCGGCGGCAUCCAAGACCUCGAACAUGCGGAUCGGGCGGCUGAGACGGCGCAUCUGGAGCAUGAUGGCGUUGAAGUUGCUAAGGCUGUACUGCGGGUGUUUGCAUCUGACAAUGACGAAUAA